AGCACAUAUCCCGCUCGUCACCCAAUAUACCACCAUCCCCUUGCUUGACGUUUUCCUCCGUAGCACCGUUAUCUUCUUCUGGCCUGUGACUCGCGGAGUCGACCCGCCAGGAAUUUCAGCCUACGGAUGUGCCUUUGCGGGCGGGAUGGCAGCGGUAUGGGUUCUUUGGACCCUCGAAAACGCCCGACGAUAUAGCCCAGUCUCGGCACUUGUGCGGUAGGACCACUUUCCAGGGUCUCGCUCUCCAGGUCGCCGGACCAGGGGUCAUAAUGCCACUUCUGCUGGGCUGGGACCUCCUCCACUGCCCCCUUCGCGCUGCAAGGGGGCAGCACCUGGCAAUGCUUAACCAUUUGCCAGCAGCGCUGCUCUUGGGCUUUCUUGCGCCAAUUCUGGGCGCCACUUUUCUCUGUCCAACCGUGAUUUCAUUCGACCAGUGCCAGAUGCUGAUCGCUUUUUGGCAGGGCUGGCCGAUAUGGACGACCGUCCUCACACUGACGUUGUUCUCUAUCCGCAAGCCAGCGACCAUACAGAGCCCCGGGGGAAAGAAGCAGGCGACAUCCCGUGACGCGGGCCAGGCUCUCCAUGCGUUUGCCUUUGCAUGCGCAGCCACCAGCCAUUGGAUCCUGUGCAUAUCGUCGCUUGUCCACCUCGCGAGCGCCGGCAGUUCCCCUUCCUUAGUGAAUCUCAUUCUCCCCCGCCUCCCAUGGUCUCACCCAAAACCGUCGUCAGUCGGCGAGGGCGUGUUGUGGUUCCUUCAGUGGGACUACUCUAUCGCAGCGGUGGCCGCCCUGAUCUGGUCGGUGACGCUUUGGCUACGGGCUGCUCCACAUGCUUCAGUGCGUGGGAGCGCAAGAAGGCUCGUUCUCCAGCUAGCAAGCUGGUCCCUCGUCAGUGGGCCCUGUGGAGCAGCUGUUGUGUUGAUGUGGAAACGAAACCGUCUCCUCUCCCGCUAGACCUGCGAGACCCUGAUG